UUGCGUAGAAGCGGAAGUCACGGUAGAUAAACAGUAUGGCGGCUAACAGAAACUUUUGAACUGGCAGAAUUGAAACUUUCCAUGUUUUCACAAGUAUUUGGCUGAAAUAUACAAAGUUGGCCGAGAAAUAAAAAUUUCAGAAAAAUGAAUUCAGAUGAUGAAACCCGAGAAAGAGAUGCAGGGUUAAGAGACGAGUCUGGACAGAGUGAAGAUAUACUAAGAUAUCAAGAUGGUUCCUACAACUUCACAUAUGGAAAGGGUGUCAAACCAGAUAUGUCAUUCUCUCUGGAUAACUCUAGAGAUUGGAAACUAGCACCAAUGUCACCAGGGCCUGAAGAUGCUGGCAGACAACGAAUUGAAAAUAACCAGUUAAAACUUCAACUCAAACAAGUUAUAGCAGAUUUACAAACUGAACAAGAUACAGUAUCAAACCUACGUAAAAGAUUAAAUUCAAUAGAGAGAGAUAGGUUAGAGGCUGCAACCAAAGCAAACAAAGAGGUAUCAGAGUUAGAAAGUCAGAUAGCAAAAUUACGAGCAUCCCUGGAGAAGGGGGAGGCAUCCCGUGCCAAUGUAGAGUUCGAACUGGCUCGAACAAAGCGGGAUUUAGCACAGCAAAAACAUUCUGCAGCAAGUCAUGAAAAAUCUUUGGAUGAAGCAAACAAAGAACUGAAAAAAAAGUUGGCAGAUUAUGAAGAUGAAUUAAAGCGACUGGAAGACAAUCUGCAACAAUCUCGAGAUCAUUCAGAUGAGAGGGAAAAACAAUUCAGACAUGAACUUGAAGCUAAGGAUGCUCAAUUAUCAAAGAAUAUGACAGAUCAUGAGGUUCUUGAAUCAGAGAAACAUAAAUUAGACAGUGUUGUACAUCAGCAUGAAAGUGUCAUAUCCGAGUUGAAUGAAAGACUUCAGGAUUUAGAAAGUGAGUACAUAACUUUUGGACUUACGGGUUUUAAACAAAAAAAAUUUAAAUUAAGGAACAGCCACGAGUUAGAGUACUGUAAAGAAAGGGAGGAAAGGGCAAGGAAAGAUCUAGAGUCAGCGUUACAGCGUGCACGUUCCACGGAGGAGAGUAUAGAACUAGAGAGGGCAGCUCAUUUAGAGACAAAGUUUAACUCGGAAAUUGUUCAGUUGAGGGUGCGUGACCUAGAGGGAGCUUUAGAUGUGGAGAAAUCUGCAAACAAUGAGGCAAAUAAAGCUAUAGACAGACUAACAAAACAAAUCAAGGAACUAGAGACAUCUUAUGAAGAUGAAAGGAAGACAAAUAAGCAGCUGAGUGAUAAAUUAGGAAGAUUGGAGAAGGAACAUAGUUCUGUAAAGAAACAGCUUACAAAUGAGGUGGAGAACAAGAAAUCAACAAUCGGAACUUUGUCGAAAGAGCUAGAAGUUCAUCAGAAAAAUUUCCUGGAGCUAAAAGAAGAAUUAUCUAAGGCCAGGAAGCGUCAGAUUUAUCUUGAAGAGACAUAUGGUGGCAGUAUGAGGGAACUAGAACUGUUGUUACAAAACUUUCAGAUAUCUUCAGAUAACAGUAAACAAAAGAAAUCUACCCAACAAAGAAAGGAAAGUAAAGGGAACAAAACACCAGCACCAUCUGUAGUUUUAGAGAAUUUACGACUUACACUUGCUGACUACAGGAAACGUCUGGAUAAUACAUCCGAGGAGCUCAAUAAAAUGAAGAAGUCUAGUACAGGAUUAACAAAGGAAAUAGAGCAGUGUAAAGAGAUGAUCUGGGCUAAAGACAAGGCACUAGAGGAUGCUCAGAGAAGCUAUACACGCACAGCAAAGGAACUAAACCGUGUGAGGUCCGAGUAUGGUGAACUUGAAACAUUACUUACUCGUCUCAAAGUAGACAUGCAGAGUACAGCAACCAAUCAAAGCAAAGAUAGGACCCGCAUUCAAGAGCUGUCUGAAGAGAUUAUGAAGUUGGUAAAGAAACAUAAGAAUGAUGAGGAGGAGAAGCUGGCAUUUUUACAUGGUUUAUACCAGAGAUUAUUAUCUGGUAAGAUUGUGGUAGCCAGUAAAGAGAAGACGUUCAACCAGUUUUCCUGGCAUGAUCUCACUAACAUGGUGUACGAUCAAGUAGCGACACUUCUCAAUAAUCUACAAAAUGCUGAAGAAAAG